UUAGAGAGAUGUCUCUUAUGUUGUAGUUCAUGUUUCAUAGAUUUAGGUUGUGCUAAGAUAUCGAUACGUCUCAUAUUUCUUCCAGACUUCCGUUUUUUUUUAUGAUGUCUCUUCUUUUUUUUCAGGUUAGAAUUUCGAAACCGUUGUCCCAGUUAAAGAAACGUAUCAAAACGUUGGCCAAACCACGGGAAACGAUCGACAUGAGCGUUCACUGUAAAUUAGAUCUUGCGAUUUCGAAGGCCGCGUUGCAAGCCGUCCCGUCUAAGAGGACGAUGCUUCUCGCUCUCCCCAACAUAAAAUUAUUGGAUUUUGGCCGGAUUUAUUAUCAAGUAUCGCCGGCGGCGUUGAAAUACCGGCCGACCGAGAGAAUUCUGAAGCUUAGCAAGCCCCGCAUGCUCUUCCUUCCCGAGGAGUGCAGGCCGUCGAAAUUGUUGUUGGACGACAAGAAACGGACCCCGGACGAGGAGAGAUUGAGGAAGUUGGCUUUGGCGAAAAAAUUGAUCGAUUGCCCCCAACAGUUGACCAAAGACGAGAUAGAAGAGCUUUUCACACCUCAUGAUCACACCUUGGAUGAGCUUUCUAGCGUUGCCCUCGUACAAGGUGAUAAAGGGGAGGAAGGAUCCGUUGGCGAAAACGUGGAAGAGAUUGUUGAUCAAGAAGAGGGAGGAGAGGGGUAAGGAGGCUUUGGCCGAGUUCAAGAAGAAGAGGCAGGAGGAGAGGAGGAAGGAGAGGAAGAGGAAGCCGGAGGAGGUUGAGAAGGAAGUGAAGAAACCGCCGCCGGACGUGAAAAAGAGGAGGAGGGAGGAA